AUAAACCCUGAUAUAUUUUAUAUAUUUGGUUCUCCGAUUGUAAUCAGUAUGUUGAAAGAACACAAAGUUCUCAAUUCAAAUGAGUCUUAAGUCGACAAUUUUUUUGAUUGAAAAUAAUUUUUUAUGUAAGAUGUGAUUCUUUGGCUUUGCUUAUACUCCAACGAGAAGUAAGAGCAUACAAAAAGUAAUGAUCGAAAGCGAAUGAAAGACAAACGAAGCAACACCUCUUUACUCAUUCUUUAUAUUAAUACCUCUCAGGCUUCUUCACCUGUUAACACUUUUUCUUCACUUGCCUACAGCACCUGAGCUCUCUUAAAAAUGGAGGAAACGACGACCUUCCAUGGACUAGGACACCUCUUCAUUACAAUCUUCUUGUACUGCUUCUCAUCAUUCAUCGUGGCUCCGGUGAUAACCGACAUCAGCAUGGCUGCGCUAUGUCCCGGAAAAGACGAGUGUUCUCUCGCCAUUUACCUCUCCGGCUUUCAACAAGUUAUCACGGGAGUGGGAUCAUUGAUUAUGAUGCCAUUGGUGGGAAGCUUGUCAGACAAGCAUGGGAGAAAAUGUUUGCUUACUCUUCCAAUGACACUCAACAUUUUACCUCUUGUGACAUUAGCGUAUAGUAGAGGGGCAACCAUCUUCUACAUGUACUAUGUACUCAAGACUCUCACUUCGAUAGUUUGUGAAGGAAGUGUUCUUUGUCUUGCCCUUGCGUACGUGGCUGAUAAUGUACCAGAAGGGAGACGAGCCUCCGCAUUUGGGAUACUUACCGGGAUUACAUCAUGUGCAUUCGUUUGCGCCAAUCUUUCUGCUCGAUUUUUAUCUAUUGGCGUGACAUUUCAGGUUGCAGCAGCAAUGGGAAUUUUAUCAACGUUGUAUAUGAGGCUUUUCCUACCGGAUUCGAUCCGAGACAAUAGCCUCGGUGCUCCCAUUGUUAUAAAUGAGAAAUUGAGUUCUCCUUUACUUGAAGAUUGUCCAGGACAUAGAAAUAGGAUAUUUAGAGCAAUUCGUUUGGUACAUGAAAUGGCUUCUCUAAUGAGAAGUAGCGUUCCACUUUUUCAAGUUGCGAUGGUAUCAUUCUUCAGUAGUCUUGCUGAGGCAGGUCUACAUGCUUCAUCUAUGUACUAUUUAAAGGCCAAGUUUCACUUUAACAAAGACCAGUUUGCAGACUUGAUGAUCAUAGUUGGCGCAUCUGGAUCUAUUUCACAGUUGCUCUUUAUGCCCGUUCUAGUUCCUGCUUUAAAAGAGGAGAGACUGCUCUCAAUUGGUCUUUUCUUUGGUUGUGCCCAUAUGUUCCUACUAUGUGUGGCAUGGUCCUCAUGGGUUCCAUAUAUGGCAGCCAUAUUUGCACUUUUCUCAAUAUUUCCUUCAUCGUGUAUGCGAAGCAUUGUCUCCAAACAAGUAGCAUCAUAUGAACAGGGGAAAGCCCAAGGAAUUAUUUCAAGCAUAUGUUCCCUUGCAAAUGUCAUUUCCCCGCUAGCAUUUUCACCUCUAACAGAUUGGUUUCUGUCUGAAAGAGCCCCAUUUAAUUUCCCAGGGUUCAGUAUAAUGUGUGCGGGAUUUGCCAUGACUAUAGCUUUCAUCCAAAGCCUGAUGAUCAGAGCAGCAACACCAAUAUCAGUUAUGGGAUCUCCAUAACACAGUUUCCUCAAAACCAUAUGGAUUUCGUAGUGAAAGAUAAUAUACAGGUUUUAAUUGCAUUGGUCGAAUCCUUGAUGUUUUUUUUUAACCCAUAUUGUGUACGGGUUUAUGAUAUCUAAAGUCAGCAAGACACCAAUAGCUUGUAUAGGUUAGUCAAUAACUCCUAGGGGAAACACCAUAUUUAAUGGCCGUUUCAGUUAAUUUAGAUAUCUUCUUUCUUUUUUUGAGUUCAAAGUUAGUUUAGUUGUCUAAAGCAACAAAAUAGCUCCAAUAUUUGUAUCAUUAAAUUUAUUUAUAUACAUCAUAAUUAUUUUUG